GCUAGCUAGCGGCGGGGAGAGAGGCGAUAGGCCAUGUCUGGUCCAACGGAUGAGACGGCUGGAGACCUGCCUGUGAAAGAUAUAGGUCUAAACCUCUUUGGAAUGGGAGGGUUACAAGAAACUUCAGCAUGGACUGCAAAGUCUCGCCAGGCAGUGUCACGUAUCAGUCGUGAAGAAUUAGAAGACAAAUUUUUGCGUUUGCAUGAUGAAAAUACCUUACUUAAACAGCAUGCCCGAAAGCAAGAGGAUAAAAUUAAAAGAAUGGCCACCAAGUUAAUACGGCUAGUUAAUGACAAAAAAAGAUAUGAGCGGGUUGGUGGCGGCCCCAAGCGGCUGGGACGAGAUGUGGAAAUGGAAGAAAUGAUUGAACGACUGCAAGAGAAAGUUCAUGAGCUUGAAAGACAAAAUGAAGUCCUCAAAAACAGACUAAUUUCAGCCAAACAACAACUUCAAAUCCAGGGUCACAGGCAAACUCCCUAUAAUUAUGUGCAAUCCCGCGUUAACACUGGGCGUAGAAAAGCAAAUGAAACUGCAGGCUUCCAGGAAUGUCCCAAGAAAGGUAAUAAAGUCCAAAGUGGAGAUGUAGCAGAAACUGUACACUCUGUGCCUACAAAAUAUGGCAGCAGUUUACUUGAAGAAGCCAGAGGAGAAAUAAGAAAUUUAGAAAAUGUUAUCCAGUCACAGAGAGGCCAGAUAGAAGAAUUAGAACACUUGGCUGAGAUCCUGAAAACUCAGUUGAGGAGAAAAGAAAAUGAAAUUGAGUUAUCUCUUCUUCAACUUCGAGAGCAGCAGGCUACAGAUCAAAGAUCAAAUAUUCGGGACAAUGUAGAAAUGAUUAAGCUACAUAAGCAACUAGUGGAAAAAAGCAAUGCACUUUCAGUUAUGGAAGGAAAAUUUAUUCAACUUCAAGAGAAACAGAAAACUCUCAGAAUCAGCCACGAUGCCUUAAUGGCCAACGGAGAUGAGCUAAAUAAACAACUUAAAGAGCAGCGUUUAAAAUGCUGCAGUCUGGAGCAGCAACUGCACUCCAAGAUGUUUUCAGAAAGAAGAAUAGAGGAGCUGCAGGAUAGAAUUACUGAUUUAGAAAAGGAACGAGAACUAUUAAAGGAAAACUAUGAUAAACUUUAUACCAGUGCCUUCAGUGCUGCCCAUGAAGAGCAAUGGAAGUUAAAGGAACAGCAGCUUAAAGUACAGAUUGCUCAACUCGAGACUGCCUUAAAAUCUGAUUUAACCGACAAAACUGAAAUCCUUGACAGAAUAAAAACUGAAAGAGUCCAAAAUGAAAAACUUGUUCAAGAAAAUAGAGAACUACAAUUACAGUGUCUUGAACAAAAGCAACAACUUGAUGAACUUAAAAAUCGUAUGAAGUUUUACAACCAGGAGAGUGAUAUUAGUGCAGACGAUUUGAGUGAAGCUCUCUUACUUAUAAAGGCUCAAAAAUCACAAAAAAAUGGAGACCUUUCCUUUCUAGAGACAAUAGACAGUAAAAUCAUUAGGGAUCAAGAACGUGCUAUGAAAGAGCUGCAAGCAACCCAUGCAGAGACAGUACAAGAACUUGAAAAGACAAGAAACAUGCUGAUCAUGCAGCAUAAGAUUAAUAAAGAUUAUCAGAUGGAAGUUGAGGCAGUGACCCAGAAGAUGGAAAAUUUGCAGCAAGAUUAUGAACUCAAAGUAGAACAAUAUGUUCAUCUUCUUGAUAUUAGGGCUGCACGCAUCCAGAAACUAGAAGCCCAAUUAAAGGAUAUUGCCUAUGGGACCAAGCAAUACAAAUUUAAACCAGAAAUUUUGCCAGAUGACUCUGUUGAUGAAUUUGAUGAAACCAUUCACUUAGAAAGAGGAGAAAAUCUGUUUGAGAUUCAUAUCAGCAAAGUAACCUUUUCCUCAGAGGUUUUUCAGACUUCUGGGGAUAAAGAGCUUGUCACUUUCUGUACCUAUGCUUUCUAUGACUUUGAGCUUCAGACAUCUCCUGUAGUGCGAGGCCUUCACCCAGAAUAUAACUUCACUUCUCAAUACCUUGUUCAUGUUGAUGACUUAUUUUUACAAUACAUUCAGAAGAAUACUAUUACACUUGAGGUGCACCAAGCUUUCAGCACAGACUAUGAAACAAUUGCAGCAUGUCAACUGAGAUUCCAUGAAAUUCUAGAAAGAAGUGGUAGAAUAUUUUGCACAGCAAGUUUGGUUGGAACUAAAGGAGACAUCCCAAAAUAUGGUACAGUGGAUUACUGGUUCCGAUUAAGAGUUCCUGUAGAUCAAGCAAUUCGACUUUAUCGAGAACGGGCAAAAGCAUUGGGAUAUAUAACAUCAAAUUCUAAGAGACCAGAGAAAAUGCAAACGUUAAGUCAUCAAGAAACCAAAACUACUGAGUCCAGUUCUUCCAAUUCCACAGAUGGCAACUUGAAUGAACUUUAUAUUACAGUAAAGUGUUGCAGCCAUCUGCAGUCCAGAGCAAGCCACCUUCAGCCCCAUCCAUAUGUUGUGUACAAGUUUUUUGAUUUUGCAGACCAUGACACAGCCAUCAUUCCCAGUAGCAAUGAUCCAGAAUUUGAUGAUCAUAUGUGUUACCCAGUGCCGAUGACUAUGGACUUGGAUCGAUAUCUUAAGUCAGAGCCUCUUAGUUUUUAUGUGUUUGAUGAUAAUGAUACGGAGGAGAAUACUUACUUAGGAAAAGUCAAUGUACCUCUGAUUUCAUUGGCACAUGACAGGUGUAUCUCAGGAAUAUUUGAGUUAACAGAUCAUAAAAAGUGUCCUGCAGGAACCAUCCAUGUCAUAUUGAAAUGGAAAUUUGCUUACCUGCCUCCAAGUGGAUCCAUAAUAACUGAAGACUUAAAAAGUGUCAUACAUAAAGAAGAGUCAGAAGCUGUUCAAAGACUAUCUUCAACAUCUUCUGUUAGCACACCGGUUAUAGCACCAACACCUAAACCAAGACAACGUUUAACAAAAGCUGUAGAAAAGAAAGUAUCUUUUGUGGACAUCAUGCCGGAUCAGAGUUCUGAAAUAUCUCCUCCUCCUGAAGAUAUGAAAAAUAGUCUACCAGAAAUAAAACAUAAACCAGAAAUAGAAAUGAGUAUACCAGCUGUUUCACAUAUCCCUAAGAUUUCUCAAGGAAGUGAUGUAAAGGUAAAAGAGAACAGUGAGAAAAUUCAACCAGGAAAAGAAGAUGAUAUGUCUUUACUAUCUGAAGGUCAGCUUGCAGAACGAAGUUCAACUUCUGAAGAUGAAACAGAAAUAACUGAGGAAUUGGAACCAGAAGACGAAGAAGACAGAUCAGCUUCUGACAGUGAUGAGUGUAUUAUUCCAGCUCCUGUCUCUAAGAAUAUCAAACUGCUGUCCGAAAAAGUUCGAAUUGAGAUCAUAGCUCUAAGCCUUACUGAUUCUCGAGUAACUGUGGAUGACACUAUUCAGCGAUUGUUUGUUGAGUGCAGGUUCUACAAUCUUCCUGCCGAAGAAACACCGGUGUCACUUCCAAAGCCCAAGAGUGGACAGUGGGUCUACUAUAAUUAUAGCUAUGUGAUCUACAUGGAUAAAGAAAACAAUCAAGCAAAGAGAGACAUCUUGAAAGCUGUACUACAAAAACAAGAGAUGCCUAACAGAAGUGUUCGCUUUACUGUGGUUAGUGAUCCUCCAGAGGAUGAGCAGGAUCUGGAGUGUGAGGACAUUGGCAUUGCCAACAUCGACCUUGCCAAGAUAUUUCAGGAAGGGAGAGACAUCAUCGAGCAAGAUAUUGAUGUUUUCGAUGUGCGCGCAGAUGGAAAAGGCAUCGGCAAGCUCAGGAUAACAGUGGAAGCUCUCCAGGCCCUGAAGUCUGUCUACGAGCAGAACAGAGAUGACUUAGAAGAUUGAAAGAAGCUGCUCUACAGCAUCUUCUAGUCCUGAGUAAAUGCUCCCAUAAAGCAUCUUACAUGAUGUUUUUGGAAUUAUUCUUUCUGGUGUAUAGACUCUGUUAGAGGAAACUGGUAGGGGGUGAGGCCUACAGUUAACAUGUUAAGUCUUGUAGACUUGUUUAUUUUGCUGCU